AUGCAGAAAGUAGUACACUCGUACUUGCUCGCGUUAGUCGUAUUGGGGUUAGCAAGCCACACCGUGGCGACGGAUUGGAGCAGCAUAGCGGCGAAGCUGGACCCCGGCGUGCAGAAACUCAGCUCAUGGCGGACCAAUGGCGACCCUUGCGGAAGCCCUACCUUUCAAGGAGUCACGUGCGACGGCCACCACCAGCCAGUUGCGUUGCAUUUGAACGGCCUGGGCCUGGCGGGCGAGAUUCCCGUGGAGAUCAAUCAGAUCGCGACGCUCACGUUUCUCGACCUGGGACGGAACACCCUCAGCGGAGUCAUCCCCGACAGCAUCAACAACAUCCUCAGCCUCCAGGUGCUGAACCUGUGCAACAACCGGCUGGGCGGGCGAAUCCCGGAGCUGAAUCUGGUGACGAAGCUCUUCUCGCUGGACCUCAGCCGCAACCAGCUCGGCGACGCCAUUCCCGCCUCCCUCGGCCUCCUCACCAAGCUCAAGGUACUUGAGCUCAACAACAACGAGCUCGCGGGUUCAAUUCCGGACGCCGUCGGCAAUCUGAAGCUGCUGCAGGACGUGUCGCUGGCGGAGAACCGCCUCACGGGCCGCGUGCCCAAGGGGCUCGACUACCUGCGCGCCAGCCGCACCGCCCAUUACAACUUCUCCGCCAAUGGCGCCGGCUUCUGCGGAACCGGAUUCACCGGCCUAACGGCCUGUCCGGGCGAUCCGCCUUACGUCCCGCUGCCCAAGCUGCCGCCAAAAACCCCCACACCCAGAAUUCCCGUCACACCCACACCCAAACCCAAGACUCCCGUUACACCCACUCCGCGGAUUCCCGUUGUACCCACUCCCAAGGUCGCUCCCAAGCCCAGGCUUCCAGUUACCCCCAAACUGCCGCCCAACAACCCCACAGUGCCUGGAGUAUCUCCCUCCCCCACCACCGUACCAAACACUCCCACCAUCCCUCCCCGCUCCGCCCAUCCCGCCCCGUCUAACUCCGCCACUCCCCUUCCGCGGAAUGCCUCCUCCCCCUCCCCGCCGUCCGCCUCGCCCGCGGACGAGUUCAUCCCGCUUAAGCCGGCGACUCCGCCGCCGUCGCCGCAACCCGCGACUGGCACCUCCUCCAUCUCCCUUUCCGCUUCCCUUCUGCCUUCCUUGCACUUCUCGCUCACAACACCCGCUUACCCUGCCUCCUCCCUUUCCUCCCAACCCCACUCCCGCACCCCUUCCCCCAACCUCACCCCCCCAACCCCCCUCUACACCCUACUCGCUGACUGCCGCCCUCAUCAGGCGAAUGACGGACUCAAGGAACCCGCCCUGUCCGUCGCCGCGGGCGGCGCCUGGGCGGCAAAGAAGCAGAAGCAGACAAAUCGUAUCGGCGCCAAGCCGCCCUCCUCCGUCGCCGCGUCUGUCGGCUCUCCCGGAGCGCGCUCCCUGGCCGUCGAUGUCGAGAUGGGCGGCGAGAUGAACGGCUGUCUGCCGUCCUCGCGCGAUCGCGUUGUGUUCCCCGCUGCCGCCUCGCCGACAGGCGGCGCGUCGCGCUCGGCGCCUGUAGCAGGACCGGCUGUAGCGGGAGCCGCAGCGGCGGCAGCGGGAGCGGCUGCUGUGGCCGCCACAGCCAGGCAAGCAUCGCGAGGACGUUCGGAGCGGAACGAGCGACAGGGUGGGACGCCGCCGAGGCGGUCACCCGGACCUGUGCAGCAGGCUCAGAAACCAGCGGCUUGGGAACAGCCUCAGGUGCAGGCUCGGGGGCCGGGGCAGAGCGGGUCGUUUGGCCGGCAGGAGGAUGAGUCAAGGGAUGGGAGCGACAGGGGCAGUGUUGCUGGAGGUGCAGGUGGUGCUGCGUCUGUUGCCUACUACGACAGUGCCUACUUGCCGCAGUCGAGUGACAAAGCGACGGCCUAUGGCAGUGCAAGCGUCGCUAGCGUGGUGCGCAGCAGCGCCACCACCCCCAGCCCUGUGAAGGCCCUCGGCGGGUGGGGCGCGCCGAGGGCCCAGCGUGCUGCUGUGGCUGAGUCGGUUGCAGCGAGAGAGGUCGAGAGGGAGGGCGGGAGAGAGAGGGGGAGGGAGAGUGAGAGUGAGAGCGAGAGUGAGGGUAUGGGGGGGUCACACUCAGUGGUGUCGUCGGUGGUGAGUAGGGACAGAGGGUGGGACGAUGCCAGCAAGGGGGGCUCUCUCGUGGGCGCCAGCGCUGCUCACACCCACAACAGCAGCAGUGGCGUGACUCGUGUGGUUGCGCCUGCUGCGCCUUCUGCUGCCACAUCUGCUGCCAAGCCUGCUGGAUCGCCUGCUGCAAAAGCUGCUGCGUCUGCUGCAGCGGCAGCAGCAGCAGCGGCGAGCAGGGGCCGUGUUGGGGGGCAGUCAGCAGCAGCAGUGUCUGCUACCACUGUUGCGUCUGGUGCGACCAGCGAUAGGGAUUCGGACACGGAGGAGAUUGAGAUGGAGGAGAGUGGGGGGUGCGGGAGAGUUGCUGUAGCGCCGGCUGUUACCAGCGCUGCAGCAGUGGGGAAGGGGAUUCUAGGGGACAGCCCCCGCAAGCCAGGGGCAGGAGCACAAAGGGCAGGAGCACCAGGGGCAGGUGGAAGUGGAGCAGGUGCAUCUGGUACAGGUGGUGCUGCUGGGGCAGGCUCAUCUGGCGUGCGGGUGGGGGAGGAGGAGGAGGAGAGCAGCGUUACCAGUGAUGAUAGCGAGAGCGAUUAUGCAAGAGAAGCUAAACAGCCCAUAGCAAGCACUAGAACGCCAGCAGCAGCAGCAGCAGCAGCAGCAGCGGGCGCAGCAGGAGGAGCAGCGGUAUCGCCUGCUAUUCCCCGGGGCUGGGCCGGGGCAUCGGCUGCCACUGUUGCUGCAGCAGCUGCUGCUAUCUCGCCCUCACGUGCUGCUCCUGCUGGUGCGUUCCCUGGCAGAAACAGUGGCAGGGGAGACGGACUCGAAGGAGAGAGGACGGAUGGAGAUACGUCAGACACGUCAGCAGAUGGUGACGAGGCAGCAGGGCACGGUUUGGAGCGGUACUUCACGGUUGCUGAGCUGGCGCUGGCGACGAACGACUUCGGGCGGCAGAGUGAGCGCAGCGUGCUGGGCAGCGGGCGGCACGGCACUGUUUACCGCACGCGGUUACCCGAGGGGACCACAGUGGCUGUGAAACGACUGAGUGACAAAAAUCUAGAGCAAUCCCCCCGCGAGUUCAAGUUCGAAAUAGACUCGCUAGCGCAGGCCAAGCACCCGAACCUAGCAGCGGUGCUGGGGUGCUGUGUGGAGGGCGAGGAGCGCAUGCUGGUGUACGAGUACCUGCCCAACGGCUCCCUGGACGCCUGGCUCUACCAGACGCUGCUGGGGGGUCCGCGGAUACACUGGACUGGCCCAUGCGCAUGCACGUGGCCAUCGGGGUGUGCCAAAGGUCUCGCCCACCUGCAUGGCGGCAUGGCAGUGAAGGUGGUGCAUCGCGAUGUGAAGGCGUCAAACGUGCUGCUGGAUGCGCAGUGGAACGCCAAGCUGGGGGACUUUGCUCUCGCCAAGGCCAUGGGGAGGGAUCAAGGGCACGUGGGCACGCGAGUCAUGGGCACGUUUGGCUACGUGGCGCCAGAGUACAUGAACACAGGGCUGCUGACAGAGCGCAGUGACGUGUACAGCUUCGGCGUGCUGCUGCUCGAACUCAUCUCCGGCCGCCCGCCCAUCGACAACGAGGCUCCUUCCGACCAGGUUGACUUGGUGCGGUGGGUGCGAGCCAAGGCAGCAGAGGAGCGCCUGUUAGAGGUCCUAGACCCACGGCUGCAGGGCACGGUGCAGGCAGACGACGUGGAGUACGCCCUGGGAGUGGCGCUGCGAUGCGUUGAGCCCAACGCCCUCAAGCGCCCCAAGAUGCCUCAGAUCGUUCACAUGCUGGAGAGCAAGGACCCCAAGAAGAGGGACGACUGGGUGGCGAGGAGGCCCAGCCCAUCCAGUGCGCGCUCCCUCGCCUACGACCCCUCCCCCCGCGCCUCCUUCCGCCACUGCGACUCCUCCCCCCGCACGCACCCCCCGCGCGACUCCUCCCCCCACACCGCCAUCCGAGAGCCCUCCCCCCGCGCCCCUUACUUCCGAGACCCCAGCCCCCGCGGGUACCCUGCUGCUGCCUCUCUUCCCGGAAGGUCUGGUGGGUACGGCAGUGGUGGGGGAGGGGGAGGGGGUGCUGCUGCUUGGCUCGGCAAGGGCUCCCGAGGCAUACCGAGCCAGCAGCAGCAGCCCAAGGCAGUACGGGAUGCCAGGCUCGGCGAGGGCUGCCGAGCCGUACCGAACCAGCAGCAGCCCGAGGAUAGGCGGCUCGCCGAGCGUGAAUAA